AUGGCCGACUUGAUCGCUGCAGGGCUCCAGUCCGGGUGGAGGGUUUUCAGUAGGCCAGCGACCCCGGAGAUGUGAGGGCACGACAUUGACGUUCCAGAUAGCGAGUUGAACGGAACCGUACGAGUGUCGAAGGGCUCAUUGGACGGGCCGGCUGCUUCUGUGAAGGCCGCGAGGAUGCUCACACCCGGCGCGGUGAUAUCCGGCUGUAGACAAUUUAACGGAGACUUUGCUGAGUUUGAGAAUACGUGCGUCAUUUACGGACUUGGAGAAGGUAAGGGAUAGAGAGAAGGAUGGAACGAUAUAUUAACACACAAGGAGGGUAAGGGGGGCAGGAACAGACUGAAGAUGCGAGGGAGAGAGAAAGAGAGAGAAAGAGAGAGAUAGAUAGAGAGAGAGAGAUAGAUAGAGAGAGAGAGAUAGAUAGAGAGAGAGAGAUAGAUAGAGAGAGAGAGAGAGAGAGAGAGAGAGAGAGAGAGAGAGAGAGAGAGAGAGAGAGAGAGAGAGAGAGAGAGAGAGAGAGAGAGAGAGAGAGAGAGAGAGAGAGAGAGAGAGAGAGGCAGAGAAGAAGAGUUAGAUCGACAGAGAGACACAGGGGAGACGGAGGAAAGAGAAGGUGUUAAGGAUGGAGAUGAUGGGAGGGGAGUGAUAGAGAGGAUGGGGAAGAGAAGGAAUGAGAGAAAUGGUUGAAAGCCGACCUUGAGUAUCUCCGGGUUGAUAACGUUAGGUCCUCGAGAUGAGAAAUAUGCCAUGAAAGGCGCCGGCUUUGUGCCCAAAGCUGUUGUUGGCGGCCUGAUGCUAGCAACUGGGGACCUGCAACCGAGCAAGUGUCUUGUAAGGGGACAGCCUAG